UUUUUAAAGAUUGUUUUAGAAUAAGUUAUCUGUGCAUGCAGCAACAGUGAUGACAAUAAAAAAACCUAGUUGAAGCAUUUUGCUGUUUCUUUACCAUCACGUAAUGAAAAACAAAUCUUAAAUGUCACCGUGAAAAUCCUGGGAGUCUAUAUUUUAAUUAACUUUGUGACUAGCUCUUGAACCGAAUGAAUCAAACAAUUCCCAUUUUUAUUGCUUAUGCUGCAACUGUUGUCUCUCAGAUAGGUAUCCAGACAAAAGUAAUUGAAAGCAGUUGGAUUGUUUUGUCCUAUAUCCUGCUGCUCUCUCUUAUUUGUAUGUCAGACUUCCCGUUCUAUCCCCGUAACAUGCAAAACCUUCAGAUUAAGGAUUUUUCGAGGGGAGGUCUCCAACAGCUUUUCACAGUCUGUUUAAUGAUCCAGAUGACAGCCUAGGCAAGCGGACUUUCAUCUUGUUUCAUGAAUUAUGCACAUUGGCUGGCUCUCUGCUCGAUCAGACCAAAGUAAUCCAGCCUCUCCAGUGCAUGCUGUGCUAUCGCCACAGAGCAUUAUUCUCACUGACCUACCUACCUACCUCUGCCUAACUCCUCUGGAAAAUAGAUGUUAGUACAGAGCUAUGGCUGCAAGAGGACAUUAGGCUAACAAAAGUGUGCAACAACAACAACAACAAAAAAUGCGCCUCUGAGACAGGGUGGCUGAAUGAAGGCUGAAAGUGAAUGUAGCAAUGUGCUGUCAGGUAGAAAUGCAGCGUUGGAGAUAUGUGUACAGAAUGACAAGUCUCCGAGACGCUCAACAAGCCGAUCAAGUAACAUAUCAAAGGCAAGUAGUCCAACAGGUACAGCUCCCAGGAGCCAGUCACGUACAUCUGUUAGCCUGUCUACUCAGGAUAUUUGCAGAUCUACUGCCCGUUGUGAAGAUGGUGACACAUAUUCAGCUCCUGUCACGAUGCUCAGCAAUCACAGCAGGGAUUCUGGUAAGAAACAUGUAAAGAGAAGAAUCAAAAAGCAAAGAAAACUCUGUGAAAGAUGCGAGCAUUUGCACGUUCACGCCAAACCUCCCGAAAAGCAGUCCGGGUCUUCUUGCGCAAAAAUAAAUGGAUUCCGUAGGAAUGAUUCUGAUUCAUCAUCAGAUGAACAUCACUGGGCUCAAGUCAGAAGAAGAAAUUUCAAUAGAAUGAGGGCUUCUAGACAGAGCCAAAGGAAAAGCAACUCUCUCAGAGAAUUGGAGAAAAAUGCAGGUAGGACUCUUCCGGCCCUCCACUCGAUGGACUCUGAAAAUGAUUGGGAUAAGAUGAAGAUUAAUCCGCUUCCCAAUCAAGCAAUAAUCCGAGAAAGCAAAAGGAGGUCUCACAAGGAGGCGUCUUCAAUAUCCUUUGUUGACACAAAGAAUUGUUCACAGACAUUUGAACAAAGCAAAGGAAUUUCCAUUAAAAAGGAUCCUGAAAAUUCUUCUUCCUUUGAAGAUGAAGAUUUUAUGAAAGAUUUUACUGGUCAGAAAGGUACCAGUAGAGUGUUCGAAGGUGGAACAGCUAUCAACCCAGAAUCUCAUGGGAGUGCUAGUCCUACCCAACGUCAGACUUUAGAUGAUUACCGUGAUGAUGGGGAAGUCUGCAGGAUCUGCCACUGUGAAGGAGAUGAUGAUAGUCCACUCAUCACACCUUGCCGUUGUACAGGAACGUUGCGUUUUGUACACCAAGCCUGCCUACACCAGUGGAUCAAGAGCUCUGACACGCGCUGCUGCGAACUCUGUAAAUAUGACUUCAUAAUGGAGACAAAACUCAAACCACUGCGGAAGUGGGAAAAGCUGCAGAUGUCAACAAGUGAGAGAAGGAAGAUUGUCUGCUCAGUCACCUUCCACAUUGUGGCUAUCACGUGUGUUGUGUGGUCCUUGUAUGUCCUGAUAGACCGAACAGCAGAGGAGAUCAAACAGGGUAAUGACAAUGGUGUUCUGGAAUGGCCUUUUUGGACAAAACUGGUUGUAGUCGCCAUUGGAUUUACUGGAGGCCUUGUCUUCAUGUAUGUGCAGUGUAAAGUCUAUUUUCAGUUGUGGAGAAGGCUGAAGGCAUAUAACCGAGUCAUCUUUGUCCAGAACUGCCCAGACCUUGAAAAGAAAAUGGAUGACAAGAACACUUCAAAUAGUCAAAACUCUGGAAAUAGAGAGAGUGUAACUGUGCCAGUGUCACAGACAGAAACAACCUUACAGCGGGCUCCAGAGGUCCAGGUUGGCAUUCCUGAAGUUGCACCAGUGUGACAUGUUCGUUUGAGGAACUCCUUGUUUUCUUGAAAAUCUGUUCCUUUUCAGAAAUGUACUGCAAAGUAGUCGGAUUACCAAAUGUAGUCCUUUUCAAAAUGCUACAGGAAUUACGGACACACCGGCGUGAUUGGCAGAAGUGCAACAUGUCAUUGUGUGGGGAGUGAACUGUUCAGUGUGUGUGUGUGUGCUACCAGACAUGGUGCAAAUGAUGCUAUCAGCAUUAUUAAGAACGUGUGCAAUGUUUUAACUAGGACUUUGUAGAGAAGCACUUUUUAAUUUUACAGCCUUUACGAUAAAAUAUUUUGCUAUAAUUGGGGUCUAUUUUGAAAUGUUAAUCCUGAGAAACCAGUCUUUGAACAGUGUAAUAGUUGUGGUUAAACCCUCUCGGGUUAUUACAUCUCAGCUGGUAAUUAUUGAUAAUAAAAUGUGUUGCGCUGUGUAUGUCAGUGAGGUGAUGACGAAUGCUAAGGUUAACAUUUCUUGUUGGUUUCUCACUCAUCAGUACUCAGAUUGGUUUCAAUUUUCAUUGUGCUAAAUGGCCAGUGACGUGAAGCAUUCUUUGAGAAUCUGCCACAUUCAAGGUUUAAUUGCAACUGGAUCACUGUUUUACAUUUAUCUGUUCAGACAAUAAGUUCUGGUGAUGCUUUAACAAUGUUGUUGAUGAGGAAUCUGGGAUCAUAUUCAAAUCUAUCAAAAUCUGGGAUCAAAUUCAAAUCUUUUAGGAAAUCCUCUUUUUUUUAGUUUUAUUCAUUCAACAUUUACUGUCCACAGAGCAGUUGUGAGUCAACCACAUGGCUUUGGGUCUGGAGUCACAUGUAGACCAGACCAGGUAAGGAUGGUCAUCAUUAGACUUCUAAUCCAGAUUUUUUAAAACAUUCAAUUCAGAUUGCAGUGGUGGGACACAGACUAGGAUCCCCAGAACAUUACCUGGGUCUCUGGGUUAACAGUCCAGCAAUAAUACCACUAGACCAUCACCUCCCCAUAAAACCAAGUAAUUUUGGCUAUCAAUCAAUUAUGGUUCUCUUGAACUCCAAUGAUUCAUCUUUUAUGCAAAAUGGACCAUGGUGUUUUGCUAUAAUGAGUCAACUUAUCAUGUUAGCCUAUCAGUAUGAGCAACGGAAAUGUCAAAAAAAAUGUUUCUGGCAGUCAUAUGUCACUGUUGCAUCCAAGCAACUGUGUUAAGAUACCCCUGGGAUAUAUUCGCAUCUGGUUGCAUCAUCAUCACAGUUCUAAACUGGAUACGAUGAUAUGGAUUGCUCCAGAGGAUUCAGAACAUACAAAGUAACUGAUCAGACUCUGAUCACUCACUGGCCCUGACAACAGCAAUCUGUUUAACAGAGUGGUGCAAAUCAUUUACCCCUAUCAGUACAUCAUCAUUUUAUAACCUCGUAAGUUCACUUGAAACAAAGUUCUGCACUCAGCUCCUUUGCCCUUACACACACUUCUUGACUCCGUUACCUACAGGCUAUUUUUUGUUGACCUUUGAUUGGCUUGGGUCUAUUAUAAUAUUAUUAGAUUUGGUUUGAAUAGCUGUGGAGUUUGGAUAUUUUUAUCUGUCAUUGUUUUGUCUGAUUUGUAUGGGGCUAGAAGUUACAUCAGUUGUAAUGUAAAAUAACAUGGAAUCAAAUGUUUUUCCACUCUUUAACGUGCUUAUAAAGUACAAGACCAAACUCUAUUGCAAAUCUUAAAAAUGGAUGGGUUCGUGAUAUUUAACUAAAAUAUUGAAUGUUGGCCCCUACUAGUUACGGAAUUGUAUAUCAAUGUUUCAAACUUCGUAACAACUUUGCUUAAUCUCAAGACUCAAUGUGGUGCUGAGAAAAGAAUAUUUUAUUGCUAUAAUUUAAGGAAUGUACAUUCUGAAGCUGGGUAAAAACAAGGACUGCAGAUGCUGGAAACCAGAUUCUAGAUUAGAGUGGUGCUGGAAAAGCACAGCAGUUCAGGCAGCAUCCGAGGAGCAGCAAAAUCGACGUUUCGGGCAAAAGCUCUUCAUCAGGAAUAGGAUUCUGAAGCUGGGUCAAUCAUAUUACCUGGAAUUCUUGUAGUUAGCUAUGCCUUUUGCAAUGAUAUGUAAAGUGAUAAUCCACUACAAAGCUAAGUUUUCCUGCCUCUCAAUACAUUUAUUUUCACAAUUAGUCUUAUAUUCAGACCAUAUAAGAUUCCCAAGUGUUUGUACUAAGCAGUCAGUCAUACUGCUAACACUGCAAGCAUUGCCCUUUAUUAUGUCGACAGCUUAAUUAGACAGUUCAAUCAAAGUAAAGUAUUUGCCAAAAUAUACAAAAGAAGAUAUACUAGUGUUUGAACAUUUAUUUUUGAUGCAUUUUCUUCCAUUUUGUUUAUGGGAAUUGGGAUGCCACCACACUGCCUCUGCCCUAAGCUCAUCUCUUUUAAACUGCAAGAGGAGUUUGUCCCAAUGCUGAGUUUCAGAUUCCAAUGUGACCUGCAAACUGUUUGACCAUCAGCUGGUGGUUUUGGACAACAGAGAACGUGGCUUUAUUUCAAGGAGCCUUUGCUAUUGAGAUCAUCCAGCCAUAAAAAUAUUUAAGCACAGAGGACUUAAAACAUUGUACAGAAGGCAAACAACUAUUAAGAUUGUCAGAUAUUUCAAUAAAUUUAUCAGUUUUUGUAUUUGAACCAUGUGUGAGAAGAUUGAUUUUUCAUUGGCGUUCAAUUUUACUCAUUAAUCAAACUUCUUCAUUCAUAUAUUGCACAGACUUAUUCUGGGAAAUGCUUUACCCAUUACCUUUCUAUAUUUCAUAACCAGAAUUGACCUUGUGUAAUUUUUAUCUCAUCCAAUCCCUUAGGAAGAAAGAAAAUGGGGAUUAUGUCAUUGUGCAGUAAUUGUAUAUUUAAGAUAGAAAAUCAAUGAAAUCUAAA